AUUUAGUUGUUUUUUUUCUUAAUUAAACCAUCGUAGAGAUCAAUGAUUUCUAUAAACAGAAAAGAUAGCGUAAACGGAAGUUUUAAUUAUUAUUUAUAACCAUAACAGUUAUCAUAACAAUUUAAGUGGGAGUAAGCCGCGCAAAGAUGUACCACGUUACAAUAUAAGAUCCUCCAGAGUAGUGAGUGAGAGUGGAGUAGAGAGGGGUGGAAAUAACGACGUGCAACGUUUGAACGUAGGUGGGUAGGUGGGAAAAUACCCUUGCUCCAAAUUCUACAGGUGGUAGGAGUGCAGAGCUCUCACGCUUUGACGGCGCGCGAUCCGAGAGCUAUAGUACGAGCGAAGGAAUCAUUACUACAUAUUGCCUCGCUCGGUGAACGUUCGGUUCGAUCGCUAAGAAUAUCGCCGUCAAUCGGGUAAAAUUUUAAAAUUGUCUAUUUCUGUAGUUCAAGCAGCUAUUGAUACUGCUUUCGAUAUAUUAAUAUCCCGUUGACAAUUUCCGAGCGAAAAUAAAUUUUUCUUACGUCAAAGUGGUGUUGAACAAUUAAGAAGCGAGAAACUCGACGUAAUGAAGAUGUACACCAGCAAAAUGAGCCGACGGUUGUGCUUCCUGGCGAUAUCGCUUCUUAAUAUUUUUGGUGCCUCAAUGAUUGAAGCAGCACCACAUGCACUACCGCCGGACGUGAUGUUCCGUGAAAGCUAUGGAUAUCCAAAGUACAAAGAACCGCUCGUUGAAAGUUUGAAAAAAAUGAUGGAAAAGAAAGAAGAGAAAAUUGAAAGGGACAUAGCUGAGCUGACCGCGGAAAAAAUGGAAAUUCAAGCUUUCAUGGACGAAGAAUUGGAGCAAAAAGAUUUGUCGCAAGCAGAGGAUGUUUCGGUAGAGGAUGGCGAAUCUCUACCUGUGGCAGAAGGAGCUUACAGCAAUGGACCUUUGCAUUCAGGAAAACGAACUAGCUAUAUGGCUCUUUGUCAUUUCAAAAUUUGCAACAUGGGUCGGAAACGUCAACUGUAAGCACGCUUAUUAUAUUUUAGUUUAAUUUAAAUGUUUUAGAGAUUGAAAUCCUAGUUUAUUAAUAUUAUUUAUAAAAAAUAAAAUUUUUUAGUUAAAAAGUGAAAUGUAACCCAUUAGAAUUUAAAAUAAGGUGAAUAUUUAAUCAGCAGCACGUUACAAAAAAACUAUUUUAUAACAUUCGAAAUAAGCUGCGUCACUAUUAGAUUAAAAUUUAUACAGUUAAUUUUGAGUAAUAAAUAUAGUCAUUCAAAAUUCAUUUGUUGAUUUGAUUCGAUAAUAGUUUUUUUUAAUGACUAUGAUCAUAUAAUAAAAAAAUUCCUUCAACAUUAAACUUGCGUAAAUUCAGCAGGGUAUAUUACCUUAUGAUUAAUGAUAAUUAUAUUUUGAGAGUAUGUUCUCAUGUAAGGAUGUAGAUAAAGCGUUAAAUUCGUAAGAUUAAAUUGUAUAUUUCAAGUAUUAUUAUUACACGAAAGAAGACUUAAACAAACGUUGAGCGAUUGUUGCCACAAAAGUUUAUUAAAAAGUAUCACUACUACUGCGUUAUUUUUUGAGAUUAUAUUUUUCGUCUAAGAGGAGGUUAAAAAACAGUGACAAAGCAUUAAUUUAUAACAGCGACAUAAUUCGUUUAUUUUUUCUAAACGAAUAAAUAACGUCUCAUGUUGUUUCAGUAUUUCAUGUAAAUAAUGAGAUUUAGCAUGAGGAGACUGAAGUGAAAAGAAAACGUAUUAGUGUGAAUUAUUUUUCAUAGCAUAUAGUGAAAAAAAUGUAAAGUUGCUUGAAUCUUUUAAUAUUACUGGUAGUAUAUUAUGUUUGACAUAAUUUCAACUAUACAAUUACAGUAUAUGUAUAUAUGGAGAUGUAAAAAUGCGUUUGUAGUGAAUAGUUUAUUUUUAAAAUUAGUUCCAUUUAUAAGAAAAUAAGAAAAGUUUUUAUUUUGAAUUUUAAUACAAUUAAUAUCCAAAUAAAAUGUUUCAAUUUGUAAAUAUAAGAAUGAUAUUCUUGAUCAAUUUUUUUCCUUCAAUUAGUGUACUUCUUCUCGAGGCCAUGACGUAUACAAAAACGUAGAAGAACUUAGAAUUACUAUUUUAAAUUAAUUACUAAUCCAAAUUAUUACAUUUACAAACUGUUUAUUAAUUAAGUAUUUUGUUGAUAAAUACAGCGACGUACAAAUAUAUUUUUAAUUCAAUUUAUAUUAUAUUUUAGAAACAUUAAAUUUUCUUUAAAUGAU